AGUUCACGUUCAAAUCUCGUUGGUUGCUGCAGCUUGUAGUCCUGACGCGACGUCCUCGCAUCGCAUAGCGAUCUUUUUCGAUCGAGAAGUUUUUGUGGUGCGCGUAAAUUUGUUUUGCUCAAACUAUAUCAGCAGAUAAUUUUUGAGACUAAAAACGUUGUUUUCUUGAAAAUUUUAUGCAUUUUUCUGACUUGUAUUUUUUUAUAAAUAUAUACGGAAAAUAAUAAUCAAAGACAAUAAAAAAACAAAGACAGUAUUUUAUUCAAAUUAUAAAUUAAAACAAAUAAAGUAAGCGUCAUCAAAAAACUGCAUUUCGAUAAAUAAAAAAAUCGCACGAGUACCGAGAUCAGGAUCAGCUGUGUGCAAAGCUCGCGCAUGAUUCUAUCCCCUCUCCGGACAUCUAGUGGUGGGGAUCAAACAGCUGUGAAUAAGAUACAAACUCAAAACAUCCAGCUCAGAGCUGUCAGUUUGGUCAAUCUGUUCGGUUCGGUUAUGCAGAGCGAAUUCAGGUGCUAGCCGCACUUGGGACUUAGAGAAUUUUUCUCCGAUACUUAGCGACAACUUUGAAUUUAUUUUCCAUAAACUGAUCGGCGAAAACUUUUUGGUGUUCGAACUGAUUCGCGUGUGCGUGCGUUUGAUAGUUAGUUCUGUCAGCAGCAUAGUUUGAAUUUUUUUGGAUAUUAAGUUAAAUAAUGGUGCCACAGCAAAUGGAUGGUUCCCGAUCGGAAACACCUAGCAGCAGCGGUAUGCCGCUGUUCGGUUCACAACUCGUGGAUGAAAAUUCUGCGACACCCUAUUCUGAUGCGACUCAGACUAAGAAAAACAACCCCAAUCAUAUCAAGAGGCCUAUGAAUGCUUUCAUGGUGUGGUCCCAGAUAGAACGUAGAAAAAUAUGCGAGGUAUCACCAGACAUGCACAAUGCGGAGAUAUCGAAGAAUCUGGGAAAGCGCUGGAAACUUUUGAACGACGAACAGAGGAAACCCUUUAUCGAGGAAGCAGAGAGAUUACGCCAAUUGCAUCAGAAGGAAUAUCCAGACUACAAAUACCGCCCCAGGAAGAAAACAGCCAAACCCGCCGCCAAAUCCACAUCAAAGAAGUCCUCAAAACGCACCAAAUCAAAGAGAAACGACACAAACAACAACGAUUCGUUGUUGAAAGAUAAAAUCUAUUCCAGACGUCAUGCGGUUCCGGAAUCGGUGGCCUCUAAACUGAAGGGCCGGCUUCAGCUGGACGCCGAGCCCAAGAUGGAACGCGUAGAACCAAUGGAUAUCGGAUACGAUCAGAUCAGGCAAGGCAUUCCCACCACCACGACGCAGUUGCCACCCAUUAGUUUUUUAGCCAAAGUACCCUCAAGCCCUUCAUGCGACACGCCAGAUUCUCCCGAAAGUGCCACCAUCUACGAGGAUUCUUGGGUAAACCUAGUAAAAGAAGAACCCGACGACAGGCUUACAGUAACGCACAUCGGUACCGGUCUGGACGACUUGGAAAAUAUCGAGCUGUUACCUAUGGGAGCCAUCGACUUGGAGGAACUAGCCGAUAUCGACUCCAGUUUUGACACAGCGUCCAAUAGUUCAGCGUCACACCUAGACUUUACCUGUCCUAGGGACAUCCCUAUAUUCUCAAAUAUUGACAGUGCCUGGCCCGAGGGAUUCAUAAAUUGUUGAAGGAGAAAAAUAGACUGUCGGUUGGCAUAUUAGCGUAAACACACUUAAACCUGGUAAUGGCGAAUUAAAUGCCCAGUCCAGUCGUCGUAGUUUGUCGCGGAAUUGUUGUUCUAUAGUCGACACUUGAAGCUACUGCGACAACAAUACUAUUAUAUAAUAUUUAACCCCAAUUUGAUCUCAUUUUGUUUUUAUUAUUUUUUAUAUUUAUAACAAAAGCGGUCAUUGUUUAAGUUCACCAUUCGUCUCUAUAUUCUACCCGUUCUUAGUGCCUAGCUCAUCAAACUUGGCCGGCCCACUCCGGCGCUCUAGUUUAGACAGAUUUAAAUCUCCGUCGAACGCGAUGGAACACAAAAUCAGGCUGUGAUUCAAUAAUUUGAUGACCAAUUUAGUUAUCAAAUUCAAAAAGUCCGUUUUAUGUAGUCUCUGACAGGUGCUGCUGCUUUUUUUUUCAAAUUGCUAACAAGUCACAUAGUACGUUCAAUUCCUUUUUCACAGUCUGAAAAAGUUGGGUUCUCGUUGUUUUCGUUUUUCUCGUUUUACAGAUGAAAGCUAGGACAACAAGAA